UUCGAAGGGAGGGCGCUGUUAGAAAAGCAGUAAAAUAACCAUUAAAAUAUCACUCAUCAGUAAUAUCCGGUAUGUCCCGGAAACAUAAUCGAAUGCACCCGCACAACGCGGGAAACGUUGUGUUGGUUCAGUAGUUUCCCCUGAGGAGCCACCGACGCGCCAACCCUCAGAUUUACGCGUUUGUUCAUUAACAGGCUGUACACAUGUUCCGUUUCUUUCGUUUUCGUUAGCUGUGCUUGGAUCCAACAGACCCUGUCCUCGACCCCUUGCUCUCGUUGAAGCGUCCCCGUGUUGAAUGAAGGAAGCCGUCCGAGGAGCAGUCGGACGGUCCCCGCGUUGCUCCCUAACGUCUGCCCCUGUAGCCGUUAGCUCUGACACAAAGAGAGCAGCCCGGUUAAGCUGCCCCCCUACUCAGUUCUGUCGGAUUUAAUCACAAAGAUGGAUACGUUUCAGAAGGUGGAGAAAAUAGGCGAAGGGACGUAUGGAGUGGUAUACAAGGCUAAGAACAAAGUGACUGGAGAAACUGUUGCUCUAAAGAAAAUCAGACUGGACACGGAAACCGAGGGCGUUCCCAGCACAGCCAUCCGAGAAAUUUCACUUCUCAAAGAACUCAGUCAUCCAAACAUUGUCAAGCUGCGAGACGUCAUCCACACGGAGAACAAACUUUAUCUUGUUUUUGAGUUCCUUCACCAGGAUCUGAAAAAGUUCAUGGACUCUUCCUCAGUCACUGGCAUCCCGCUGCCUUUGGUUAAGAGUUAUCUUUUCCAGCUUCUGCAAGGCCUGGCCUUCUGCCACUCUCACAGAGUUCUUCAUCGAGACCUGAAGCCCCAGAACCUCCUUAUCAACGCCCAAGGAGAGAUCAAGCUGGCGGACUUUGGCCUGGCAAGGGCCUUCGGAGUACCUGUACGCACUUACACACAUGAGGUAGUUACACUUUGGUACAGAGCACCAGAAAUUCUCCUGGGCUGCAAAUACUACUCCACAGCUGUUGACAUCUGGAGUUUGGGGUGCAUCUUUGCUGAAAUGGUCACCAGGAGGGCGUUAUUCCCCGGUGACUCGGAGAUAGAUCAGUUAUUCAGAAUCUUCCGUACCUUGGGAACGCCGGAUGAAAACGUGUGGCCUGGAGUCACAUCAAUGCCCGACUACAAACCAUCCUUCCCCAAGUGGGCUCGGCAGGACUUGGCCAAGGUGGUGCCUCUCCUCGAUGAGGACGGCAGGGAGCUACUGGCAGAAAUGCUGAGUUAUGACCCAAAUAAGAGGAUUUCUGCCAAAAAUGCACUUGUACAUCGGUUCUUCCGGGAUGUCUCCAUGCCACUUCCUCAUCUGAGACUGUGAUUAGUGCCAAGUAUCAGGCUGGUUGAAAUCGGAGCAACGUCUAAGCAAUAAGGACCACCUGCCCUGCUUCAGUCCUGUGCCCGGAAUACACAGAGAACCUGGACAACUACUGGAGCCACAGGGUUCCUCAGUAUCUAAAAGCAGCCAUUAAGUAGCUGGAUGGAAGUUCUACUGUUAUGGUUCCAAACGUGUAACUGUCAUGUCUAAUUUUAUUGAGCAUAUUUAUGCACAGCUGGCAUAUUUGAUCUGUUAUUGAUGAUUCAAGGUGUUCUUUGAAAGAGUUCCGGUCACAGCAGUGUUUGUUAGUGAACUUCCCAGUUUACAUGUUAAAGGUAGCUCCUGGAUGUCCAAGUUCAAGUAGUUUGUUGAUUAGAGUCAAACCCAGUUGAGGAAUUUGUGGGAUUGUGCAAAUAAAGUAAUCUCUAUUGUUUGUAACCUUGAGGUGCAACUGAAACCAGACGGAGUGAUGACUCUGAGCGCAACAAGCUGGUGCUAACAGAGCAACGGAUCUCAACAGUUUUUUUGGGUUGACAUAUCUUUUCUUGCAGCUCUGAUUUAAAAUAGUCCGUUGUCGUUUUACAGAAUUAAACAUGCUGUUGCAUUGUUCUUAAGCUUUUAUUCAAACUCAAUGCACAGUUUUUAUACAUAUUGUUUAUAUCCAGUUAAAAAAAAUAAACCUGUUUAGAUACCUGCUGGUUGUGCUGGAGAUUAUCGAGGGGAAUUGUUCAUUUUGAACGAUUAGGAGACGUUCAAGAUGCUUGUGAUAAAUCUGCCAAAUAGGAUCUGAGACCGGAGUCUGUCUCUUACUGUUAAAACAAAUUAUUUUCACUUUAAGGAAAGUAAAACCUAAGCAGCUGACUGAUACUUAAAGGAUGUUAGAAAGUUUUCAAUUAACAGUUUUUGUACAAAUAUAUACCGAGCAUUAUAAUUAUUAGUACCUUGCAAAAGUACUGUUAACCCUUAAGCUUUUUUAACUUUGUCACAUUACAACUGUAAUGUAAUAGACUAGCAAUAAGUGGGACGUAGUUGUCAAAAAAUUAUACAUGGUUUUCCAAAAUGUUUUUGGACAAAUAAAAAUUAAAAAAGUGUGGUGCA